AUGAUACCUAGACAUGAAGGUUGGAUGGAAGAUGAGAAUGGCCAACGUUCAACCUGGAGGGAAAUUCUGAUGCGUCAUAAUGGAGAAGAUGAUGAAUGGGAAGGAGAGGCGUCUGCCGAGGAAGACUUAGAUGGGGAGGAACCUGCUGAGGAGGAGGAUGUCAACCAUGGAGGAAUUAAGAUGUGGGAGGAAGAUGAUGGGCGUACUUAUUUUAGUUGCACCAAAAGAGCAAGGAAGAGAAUGAGGAAACCUUGGGAGAAAGCUCUGAUUGUUAAACUCCUUGGGAAGAAAAUUGGGGUGGAGUUUAUGAAGAAAAAAAUAAAUGUCUUAUGGGCUAGAAAAGGCAAAAUCAAUGUCACUGAUAUUGGUAAUGACUUUUUCGUAGUCCAGUUUAGUGAGAAGGAUGAUCUCAAUUUUGCGUUGAACGGUGGUCCAUGGAUUGUUUUGGGUCAUUAUUUAUCGUUGAGGAAGUGGGAACCAACUUUCAGACCUAAUAGUGCUGGAAUUGCUAAGAUUGCUGCUUGGAUUCGUCUACCGGAUAUUCCCAUUGAAUUCUAUGAUGAAGCUUUUUUUAGAAGGAUUGGAAACUGGUUAGGCAAGAUGAUCAAGGUAGACAGCAAUACAAAUGCUCAUGUAAGAGGACGGUUUGCAAGAAUAUGUGUGGAACUGGACCUAUCUCAGCCAUUAAAGGGUGAUUAUGUGCUGGAAGGAUUUACCAAACAAAUUGAGUAUGAAGGAUUAGGGCUCAUUUGUUUUGGUUGUGGGAAAUAUGGACAUAGCACCGAGAAUUGUUCAGCUGCUCCAAAGCAACGCAGUUCAUCCGAUAUUCAUAAUGACGAUCAAAUUCAUCAAGAGGAACCUGGCAACUCAGAAUUCCAUCGAAGUAAAGGAUUGGGACCUUGGAUGGUUGUUAAUCGUCAACGCAGGAGCCGGCAACCUCCUCAGACGUUUGAAAUUCCUCAGAAAAUAUGGACUAAAUCCAAAAAGUCCAAAGAUACCCCUAGGACUAAAUCAACGGUUCCUACUAUGCAUGCGGCUCAUUCUUCAAGCACGGGUAAGAGGUGUCCAGUCCAGAGUGAAAAUCGUGAAGAUCAUACUCCCGUUCCACCAUCUCCAUCAAUUGCUACUCCCAUGGCGGUUAGUCCUAUGCAAGCAAAUCAACAUGAUCAGGAAAAUGGGAUGAAAGCAGAUAGCACUUUGAACCAGAAUCAAGAGCAGUUAUAUGACACAUUUCAUAAAACUGGUCCUGAUAUAUCAGUUGACAACAGCAGCGACAUCCAAAAUCCUGAAACCUCAACCAUCUCUACGUGCAUGGAGGUGGACAGAGUUCACCAGGAAGAUAUUUCAAGAAUGAAGGAUGCAAGAACCUUGGAGGGAGCAGUGAAACCCCAGUUUCAAAAUUCGCUUUUUCUGUUUACUAGGAAAUAUAAGCCUAGUAUUGUAGUGAUUCUAGAACCUCGGUGUAGUGGUCAAAAAGCUUCUGACAUUAUCCGAAAAUCUGGGUUUAAGCAUGCUUUUGUUCAAGAGGCAGAAGGUUACUCAGGGGGUAUUUGGAUCCUCUGGAAUGAUGAGACUGGUCUCCUGCUGGAUCUUGGAGGAUCAGGUCCUUGGUUUACAUGGAAGGGUCCGAAGUUUCUUCAUCUUGAUCGUGUUUUUAAGAGGCUGGACCGAGCCUGUGCUAAUGCAAGUUGGAAGACUACCUUUACUGAUGCUGGCGUUAAGGUACUUCCACGGAUUUAUUCUGAUCAUAGUCCCAUUUUGGUCUACUUGUCUAACUUGGACACAGGUUGGAAAAAUCGUCCCUUUCGCUUUGAGAUUGCUUGGAUGGAGCAUUAUAACUUUACUCAGUUUCUGGCUAGGAGCUGGAAUGUUGUGAAAGACACUAGAACGAAUCUGCAUGAUCUGACUCCAAAUUUAAAAAGAUGGAACAAGAUAGUCUUUGGCAACAUUUUCAAUAGGAAGACUAACCUAUUGCAUAGUAUUGCAGAAAUUCAGAAUCAUGUUGAUUAUCAUACCAACUUAUCUCUCCAAUCUAGAGAAAAGGAGGUUAGGAAGGACCUUGAUGCGGUUCUCAUACAAGAAGAGAUCUUAUGGUUUCAAAAAGCCAGG